AUGAAGAGGAAAGGUUGGCAACAAGUAAGGUAGAAAUUAGAUGAGGGCUGCCACAGUCUGCCAGUGAGAUACUACUUCUUCUUAGAUUAGGUUUAAUGGCGGUUGGCAUUCUGCCAGUGCGAGAGUGGGUGCUCUAAGCAUUUGGUGUCUUCCAUUCAAAGAAGACAGAAAAUAAAGAUGCUGGGAGUCAUCCACCAUCUUUGGUCUGGAGUCUAGGUGUGGGGGAGAGGAGAGCGGUAGAGCGAGAGAGGUGUAAAAUGGCAGAAGUGGAUCUGCUGAGGCUGCUAAGGGGAGGACGGCUCAUAAUAAUGUCUGGAAUGGAGUAAAUGGAAGGGUAUCAAAAACAUGGUUUUCAUCGGUUUGAUACCAUUCCAUUCACUCCAUUCCAUCCAUUGAACUCCAUUCCAGCCAUUAUCAUGAGCUGUCCUCCCCUCAGCAGCCUCCACUGAAGUGGAAGCUGAGUUCGAAUCAAGCAGAGCAUCAAUCAAAGUUGGUGAAGAUGAAAGUCCUGAAUGGACAACAGUAGUGUCGAAAACUGGAACAAAAAGGAAAUUGUCUAAUCUUUGGAGUGAGGGAUACAUCCAUGAAUGAUAAUGAUUCACUUCUUGUUGGGAUGCGUUUGUUGAGUGACCAGGAGUGGUCUUAUUUUGAUUGAUUGUAUUUCUGAAGAACAGAGGAAGAUUGCAGUGGGCCUCAAAAGAAUCCGGACAACAGAAGUUUCCUGCUUUGAACUUUGGAGUAGAGCACCCGUCAAAGGAGUCAUCUCAGGGGUGACGACGGAUGUUCAGGUUGAAUACCUAAAGAGAAUUCCUGGUGUGGUUGGUGCCCGGCUUCUGACUCGCUGGGUGAACGAAAAAAAAAAAGAAUGUCUGUUGGUCCUGUUGUUUUUUGACAAAGAGCAUCUACCUAUGCAUGUGAUGCUUGGUUAUGUAAGAUACACUGUUAGAGCUUUUGUUCCCAAACCACUGCAGUGUAAGAACUGUAAAAGAUUGUUGUUUCAAGUGUGUGCAGACGGACGGAGUAUACUGAAGAACGGUGUGUAGAAGGACGACGGUGUUGCAAUUGUGGUGGGGAUCAUGAUCCCGAGUUCCUGGAGUGAAGGAGAUUGAGGUGGCAAAAGUUAGAGCGACCAAUCGAAUCUCCUAUGCGGAGGCGAUUAAAAGAAUUGACAAAACAAGUGAUGCUAGUGAUUUUAUGGUAGUGGAUGCACCACAGCCUGUAUUAAAGUUUGCUGCCAGUCAAACAAUACCAUGUGUGUUAAAAAGGUGGAUUUUGUGGCGUUCAUUGCCACAGCUAUAAACUGUACGACUCAAGUCUCAAAGAAGUCUAUGAUACUGGACAUUGUGGCUGCGGCAGAACGGUUUUUGGGACAUAAGGAUUUUACAUCUGAAGACUUGCAAGGGGUACUGGCGCCAGAAGAAGGCCUGCCCUCAGAGGUUCCCGUUGAGCCUGUGUAAGGAUCAGAUCUGUUUAUUUUUUAACAGUAAAGUUGUUUGAUUUAUUUUAUUUUAGGUAUUAUUAUUAUUUUUAAGAUGUUUGUUCCAUUUUUUGGGGGGAAUCCUGUUUCCAUCCUGCCCGGUAGGUGGCGGGAUUCACAUUCAAUUGUGCAAUCGCCAAUAUACCAUAGAAGAAGAAGAAUCCGGGUGUCGGUUGAUCUCCAAAACACUUUCAAAGAUGGCGCUGUCUAGUGUCUUGCAGAGUGAGUCUGCGGAUUUUUCAUUUAAUAAUGACCGGUCUUUUUCAUUUGGUUGUGGACUUGGUCAGACCGACUUGGGCUUUGGGGCUGCACCGGGUGACAGACUUAAUUUCUCCAUAAAAGCUUCGCUCGGCCCCGACGACGAGGACGGCCCGGAGAGGAAAAUAGAAUUUCUCCAUGGGACCACCACCUUGGCUUUCAAAGUAAAUUGAGAUUGCUAGUUAAAGCCUCUGUUUUAAUGUAAAAUAAGUCACACAUUAACUCAAAUUAUAUCCUUGAGAUUUUAUUUGAUAUUAGCUAUAGCUAGCUAUAUUGGUGAAGUGGUCUUGAGUUCCAUGCUGUGUCUGUUUUAGUUUUCUUGAUGGCUAACUAGCUAGCUUAUGUUAGCCAGCCAGUUAUCUAGCGGGCUAAUUGUGCUUGCUCAUUGCUAACGUUAGCCAAGCUUGCUAGCUAGUUAUCUAAAUAACUACCUACAGUAGUUUGACAACACUGACAGUUCAUCAGCUAGUUUACAAGUUUGUUUUAUCUAAAUGUGUCACAUACUAGCUAGUAGCCACAGUAGCUUGUUUGCUUGGCAUUUGGCAGUAAUUCCAAUUGCACAUAGCUAGUUACAUAGUCCUAUCCAGGGCUAAAGUUACUAGUUAAGUAUACAUUACAUACUGGCCUAAACUUUGUUAAUGAGAAUUAGUAUUCUUCUAAAAGUGUUGGAUCAAACUCUCUGUAGCAGAAACAAACCAUCAGCUGACAGCCAGUAAGGCCACCAAUCUCUCAAGUCAAGUGCAGCUGGCCCUCCCUAACUAACCUCAAAUCCCAUUUGUCAUCAUUCCACAGUUCCAACAUGGCGUCAUCGUGGCGGUGGACUCUCGGGCCACAGCUGGUGCCUACAUCGCCUCCCAGACUGUAAAGAAGGUGAUAGAGAUAAACCCGUACCUGCUGGGCACCAUGGCUGGAGGUGCAGCUGACUGCAGCUUCUGGGAGCGCCUGCUGGCCCGCCAGUGUCGCGUCUAUGAGCUCCGCAACAAGGAGCGCAUCUCUGUGGCAGCUGCCUCCAAGCUUCUGGCCAAUAUGGUGUACCAGUACAAGGGCAUGGGCCUCAGCAUGGGCACCAUGGUGUGUGGCUGGGACAAGAGGGGGCCAGGUAAAUAGCACUCCUACACUCUGAGCACACGUGUUACCCCAAUUGACGUAUCUAUGUUACAGUGGAACCCCAGUCAUACAUGUAUUUGUUUACCCCAUGAUCUGGUGAACUUGCUAACUAUGUAAACACUGUUUUCCCGCUAGCUAGUAUGCUGCUACUCUCUGUUUAUUAUCUAUGCAGUCACUUUAACUAUACCACAUUUGCAUAUUACCUCAAUUAUCUCGACUAACCGAUGCCCCCGCACAUUGACUCUAUACCGGUACCCCCUGUAUAUAGCCUCGCUGCUGUUAUUUUACUGCUUUUAUUUUCUACUUAUCUAUUGUUUACUAAACACUUAUUUUUCUGCAUUGUUGGUUAAGGCCUUGUAAGUAAGCAUUUCACUAUAAGGUCUACAUCUGUUGUAUUCAGUGCGUGUGACAAAUAAGAUUUAGUAGCUGCUAAGAGUAUGGGAUGUAUUAUUUAUUAAAUUAUUUUUUAUUUUUUUACAUUGGUUCAUAAUAGCAAUAGUUAGCAGGGAUUGAGUGAACCUCUCCUGUCUCUGCUGCUUGUGAAAAUGUUUACAACACAUCAGCUGUCAACAGUUACCAACACAGUUCAGAAAGUAGGCUAAGUACCGGGUUGAGUGAAUUUUGGUUGUCUGCAACUAGAUGGCAUUGCUGUCACACUCUUUCUUACUAUUGUGGAUUUUACUUGUGCUUUUGGAUGCUGUGCAGUAAGAGGCAGUAGCCUACAUUACAUGAGGUGUGCUUAAAGAGGACUGCACCGUGACGCUCUAAUGGGAGAUUGAUAGGGCUGGGACUGUGGGCCAGGGAGAGCCGGCGUGGUGAUGGACGCAAGGUCUCGGCCCGGACAAUUGGGUCGCGUGCAUAAUGUGGUUCUGCUUGAUCGAUGAGCUUUGUUCACAGAGUGGGGAGAAUGUGUGGACAAUAACAGGCUUCCAGACUGCCUGGGACCUAGGUGACUUGUGUUAAAUCCUGCAAUCAAUCGGGAUAAUAAUGAUCCCAGUAUAAGUGCAAUAGGAAUGGUGGCAGCUACAAUGCCAGUGAUUGAAUGGAGAGGAAAAUGUCAUGUAAAUUAAAUCAAUCUCGAUUAAGAGAAAGCUCAUUAGCGGCUACAAUGAUGUCAAGCACUGUUAUUCUGUUGAUUAAGUGUCUUAAGUGGCACAAGAAAUAUAUCUAAUAAAGUAUGUUUAAGAACACUUCAAAAACAAAAGGCAAGAAUAUUUUUUAUGACACAUUCUGUUGUUGGGGUACUCCCACACCAUUCCAACACAUUAACAUUUACAAUUUUGGGGGGAAGGACAGUUACUUUUAAUGGGUGAACAGCAUAAAAUGGAGAGAGACUAGAUAGUACAUUGACGGCCAAAUUACUGCACUGUAAUACCAAACCACAUAGGAUCCAGAAGUGAGUGAGUCAGUGAAUUUGCACAGGUAGCAGGCGCUGCACAGUAUAGGUAAGCUGCUGUUCCCUUGUGUGUGUGAGGCUGAGCAUCUGUUUUUGAAGCCCCUGGCCUCCUUUAGCUCAGAGCGGAGCCAGUGAUUUGUUUUAGUGAGAUCGACAGAUGUGACAGACCCAUUCAGACAGACAGACGCUGCUCGUCCGUCUGAUGCCAGCCCCUGCUCUUCUGAAGGCUGUCACUCUGACGUUCCUCAGCGCUGACAUGAAAAAGAGUUAGAGCUUAACCGCCUGUCACCUAGCUGGUGGAGUGGAAGGCGAGGCGCUAUGCCGGAACGUUCCGCCGUUCGCAGCUCGCCGCCUUCCUGCAGGUUUAUGUGGGCUCAUGAAUUUAAGCCCUUUUGUUCUGCCACGAUGAGCGUCACCCUCCUCUCCCCUCCUUAUCUUCUGUGCCGCUUCUCAGUGACGCACUCUCCCUCCCCCUCCGCCCCCCCAUCCUACAUUCCUGUGUUCUCUAUAUAGAUCCCAGGUGUGUUAUGGAUGUGGAGGUGUUGGUGCUUUUAUCCCUGCCUGGCCCCGAAGAGCCACCCUCCUCCUUCCUCCCUGCCUCUGCAUGAGUGGCUGCCUUUAGAAAAGUCUCCUCUAUUACAUUUUUAACCAGUCCUCCUCAGUCUUCAGAGUCGCUGCUCCAAAAUUGCAAAUUAUCCUGGCGCAUAGGCAGGAGCUUAGUGAUUAUCAGAGGGAGCUAACGACGCGUAUAGAAGGUGCAAUUUGCCAGUUGAAAGCAAUUGUGACUUCUUAGCGACCAAUUUCUUAAAGAAGGCUGUCCUUAACUGGCCUGGGAGCUGUGGCCUAUCAUUGGGAGGAUUUGUGUGAGCUAUACAGUUGAAGUCGGACCUUAGCCAAAUACAUUUAAACUCAGUUUUUCACAAUUCCUGACAUUUAAUCCUAGUAAAAAUUCCCUGUCUUAGGUCAGUUAGGAUCACCACUUUAUUUUAAGAAUGUGAAAUGUCAGAAUAAUAGUAGAGUGAUUUAUUUCAGCUUUUAUUUCUUUUUUCACAUUACCAGUGGGUCAGAAGUUUACAUACACUCAAUUAGUAUUUGGUAGCAUUGCCUUUAAAUUGUUUAACUUGGGUCAAACGUUUCAGGUAGCCUUCCACAAGCUUCCCACAAUAACCGGGAGACUCAUGGGUGGCGCACAAUUGGCCCAGCGUCGUCCAGGGUAGGGGAGGGAAUGGCCGGCAGGGAUGUAGCUCAGUUGAUAGAGCAUGGCGUUUGCAACGCCAGGGUUGUGGGUUCGAUUCCCACGGGGGGCCAGAAUAAAAAAAAAAAAUGUAUUCACUAACUGUAAGUCGCUCUGGAUAAGAGCGUCUGCUAAAUGACUAAAAUGUAAAUGUAAUGUAAAAUAAGUUGGGUGAAUUUUGGCCCAUUCCUCCUGACAGAGCUGGUGUAACUGAGUCAGGUUUGUAGGCCUCCUUGCUCGCACACGCUUUUUCAGUUCUGCCCACACAUUUUCUAUAGGAUUGAGGUCAGGGCUUUGUGAUGGCCACUGCAAUACCUUGACUUUGUUGUCCUUAAGCCAUUUUGCCACAACUUCGGAAGUAUGCUUGGGGUCAUUGUCCAUUUGGAAGACCAAUUUGUGACCAAGCUUUAACUUCCUGACUGAUGUCUUGAGAUGUUGCUUCAAUAUAUCCACAUAAUUAUCCUUCCUCAUGAUGCCAUCUAUUUUGUGAAGUGCACCAGUCCCUGCUGCAGCAAAGCACCCCCACAGCAUGAUGCUGCCACCCCCGUGCUUCACAGUUGGGAUGGUGUUCUUCGGCUUGCAAGGUACCACCUUUUUCCUCCAAACAUAACGAUGGUCAUUAUGGCCAAACAGUUCUAUUUUUGUUUCAUCAGACCAGAGGACAUUUCUCCAAAAAGUAAGAUCUUUGUCCCCAUGUGCAGUUGCAAACCGUAGUCUGGCUUUUUUAUGGCGGUUUUGGAGCAGUGGCUUCUUCCUUGCUGAGCAGCCUUUCAGGUUAUGUUGAUAUAGGACUUGUUUUACUGUGGAUAUAUAUACUUUUGUACCUGUUUCCUCCAACAUCUUCACAAGGUCCUUUGUUGUUGUUCUGGGAUUGAUUUGCAGUUUCCGCACCAAAGUACGUUCAUCUCUAGGAGACAGAACGCAUCUCCUUCCUGAGCGGUAUGACGGUGCGUGGUCCCAUGGUGUUUAUACUUGCGUACUAUUGUUUGUACAGAUGAACGUGGUGCCUUCAGGCGUUUGGAAAUUGCUCCCAAGGAUGAACCAGACUUGUGGAGGUCUACCAUUUUUUUUUCUGAGGUCUUGGCUGAUUUCUUUUGAUUUUCCUAUGACGUCAAGCAAAGAGGCACUGAGUCUGAAGGUAGGCCUUGAAAUACAUCCACAGGUACACCUCAAAUUAACUCAAAUGAUGUCAAUUAGCCUAUCAGAAGCUUCUAACGCCAUGACAUAAUUUUCUGGAAUUUUCCAAGCUGUUUAAAGGCACAGUCAACUUAGUGUAUGUAAACCUCUGACCCACUGGAAUUGUGAUACAGUGAAUUAUAAGUGAAAUAAUCUGUCUGUAAACAAUUGUUGUCAUGCACAAAGUAAAUGUCCUAACUGACUAGCCAAAACUAUAGUUUGUUAACAAGAAUUUUGUGGAGUGGUUGAAAAACAAGUUUUAAUGACUCCAACCUAAGUUUAUGUGAACUUCCGACUUCAACUGUAGGUAUAUAAGGUUGUUCUUUGAGAUGUGUGUGUGAUUCACAAUUAUCACAGGUUCACGCUUUGAUGGUGUUGAGAGAAACAGGCUUUUUCCCUCCCUGAUUCACCAUCUGUAGGUUGGCUCUCUGGUGGAACAGCACAGGCUGGUGGUGCUAGUCACUGCCGCUGCGUCACUGUGAUCAAGCCCUCUGCCUGUGUCACGUUGGGGAACAAACUGUCUCACAAGUCAUCCUUGCAAAUACACCAGCCUGCAUUUUGUGUGUGUGCUUGCAUUAUCAAGUGUAGCUUGUGCGUGUGUACAUGAAUAUGGUUGUUAUUUUGUGGAUUUUGUUCUUUCGUUUUUCCAUCUUUUCUCUGAGUUCGGGUCACCUGCUUGGCCCAGUAUGGGUCGAUAGUUAAUUUGGGUGUGUUGGAAGGGAUCAAUAAGGCCUAGAGCAGCGCCCCGGGGAGGACAGACAGGCAGGCAGUGUGUCAGGAUGUGCCUCGUCAGCAGGUUCUGCUGGGCUUGGUUUACUCUGAGAGGAUGUAGCUGUUCACAUUCCCUCUGGAGGGCACCACACGGUGUGUGUAGUUGGAUCUAUUACGUGUUUGUGUGUGUGAGAGAAGUGUGUGGGUGGUAGGGCUGUCCCCGACAAAAAAAAUAUCUUGUUAUUUCGACCAAUCGAUUGGUAUAAUUAUUUUUACGUGUUUUUCCAUGUGUGUAUAGACACAUCCUAUGUUUUAAUAAAGUCAACUAUAUGUAGGCUACUGAGCUUGUCUGAUGCUUUAAGCACUGUGAUUUAAAAAUUAAGACAAACAAAUGACUAAAGAGGGAGCCAGAGAUCCAGAAGAAGAAGAAAAACCUGUUCCUGACCUUCCUCCUACCGCUGCUGCUGGCCUUUGCAGAUUCUGCCAUUACACUCCUGAAGUUGCCGGUAAUAGGCUACGCCAGCGGUCGGCAAACUUUUUGCAUUUGGAGUGCCAAGUUAUCGUACCAUUUCUACUGAUCUGCGUGCCAGUUAUGAUUUUCAUAUGCACAUUUUUGUGGAACAGUUCCAUUUCAUUUAUAAUAGCCAUCAUAUCUCAAAAUCAAUGUCAUGUGGUUAAUCAAAAUUAUAUCUAAAUGAAAAUGAUACAAAUCUAAAAGUGACUUCUAUUGCCAUUGCCAAUAUAUAAAAAUAGCCUACAUAAAGCCAACAAAUAAAAACAUUGCAGCCCACAGAUAGAAAAUAUCCAGUUUUAUAUUUUUUAUUUUUUUAAAAACAAUUUUAUCCUAUAAUUCACAUUGACUACGCAUGGCCUGUCUGCAAGGAACUUGAAACAUUGUAUCAACUAUUAACUUGGUCCAGCCUUAAAGCUUGUGCUAGCGAACUUGCAACAUUGUAUAAAAUAUUCAGUGAGCUCCGGACAGACAGACAGCUGUAGUCUAUUUGCACAAGGGAUAAGAAGUAAUCAGGUAGGCCUAUUUUAAUGACAUUUCCACCAGAUCAGAGCAUGACAUUUUUUCCCCCUUUCAUGCUGAGUGGUUAUCGAAAGGGAGAGAGCUUGAAAUAUUUUUCAAAUAGGCUAAAAUUGAGGAACUAUUGUCAUUCUCAAUGGAUGUAAAAACAGACUUUGUUUACUUGCUGUAUGAGGUGAAUCAUUUUUUUAAUUUAGAAGCUCCACAGUGAUGGUGAGUUAAUACAAUCAGAAAUAGUAUCAGAUCCCCAAAUGGGCACAUUUAUAGGCCUACAUUUGCACGCAGGCCAGGUAGCCUAGGCCUACUUCUAUGCGUGAUCAGGUGUGUGUCCUUACUCAAGAAACAAAAGACAAUUAAUAAAUUGACAACUCGUAAAUGGAAUGAAAUUAAGUAAAACUUGUUUCUCACAAGUGUAGCCUAGGUUGUGUGCUCUGCAAACAACCUGUCCACUCCUACAAUGAGAAUGGUAAGACUGUAAUAAUAAUAUAUUGAAUGCAUUAACAAAAAUUACCAUAACCAAACAAAGAUUGUAGAUUAGAAAUUAUGGGAAUUACGGGUAGAUGUACUACUGGUGAUACUGGUGUGCUUCUACAAUGGAUUAGUCCACUCAGACAGGUGUCUUGUGUGCCAUUAAAAAUAAUAAUUAUAUAGUGCAUUCGGAAAGUAUUCAGACCCCUUGACUUUUUCAACAUUUUGUUACGUUACAGCCUUAUUCUUAAAUGGAUUAAAUCGUUUUUCCCCCUCAUCAAUCUACACACUACCCCAUAAUGACAAAGCAAAAACAGGUUUUUAUAUCACAUUUACAUAAGUAUUCAGACCCUUUACUCAGUACUUUGUUGAAGCACCAUUGGCAGCGAUUACAGCCUCGAGCCUUCUUGGGUAUGACGCUCCAAGCUUGGCACACCUGUAUUUGGGGAGUUUCUCCCAUUCUUCUCUGCAGAUCCUCUCAAGCUCUGUCAGGUUGGAUGGGGAGCGUCGCUGCACAGCUAUUUUCAGGUCUCUCCAGAGAUGCUUGAUUAGGUUCAAGUCCGGGCUCUGGCUGGGCCACUCAAGGAUGUUCUGAGACUUGUCCCGAAGCCGCUCCUGCGUUGUCUUGUCUGUGUGCUUAGGUUCAUUGUCCUGUUGGAAGGUGAACCUUCGCCCCAGUCUGAGGUCCUGAGCGCUCUGGAGCAGGUUUUCAUCAAGGAUCUCUCUGCGCUUUGCGCUUUUAGUUUUUCCCUUGAUCCUGACAAGUCUCCCAGUCCCUGCCGCUGAAAAACAUCCCCACAGCAUGAUGCUGCCACCACCAUGCUUCUCCAUAGGGAUGGUGCCAGGUUUCCUCCGGACAUAACGCUUGGCAUUCAGGCCAAAGAGUUCAAUCUUGGUUUCAUCAGACCAGAGAAUCUUGUUUCUCAUGGUCUGAGUCCUUUAGGUGCCUUUUGGUAAACUCCAAGCGGGCUGUCAUGUGCCUUUUACUGAGGAGUGGCUUCCGUCUGGCCACGCUACCAAAAAGGCCUGAUUGGUGGAGUGCUGCAGAGAUGGUUGUCCUUCUGGAAGGUUCUCCCUUCUCCACAGAGGAACUCUGGAGCUCUGUCAGAGUAGAUCAAGGCCCUUCUCCCCCAAUUGCUCAGUUUGGCCGGGCGGCCAGCUCUAGGAAGUGUCUUGGUGGUUCCAAACUUCUUCCAUUUAAGAAUGAUGGAGGCCACUGUGUUUUUGGGGACCUUCGAUGCAGCAGAAAUGUUUUGGUACCCUUCCCCAGUUCUGUGCCUCGACACAAUCCUGUCACGAAGCUCUACGGACAAUUCCUUCGACCUCAUGGCUUGGUUUUUGCUCUGACAUGCACUGUCAACUGUGGGAGUUUAUAUAGACAGGUGUGUGACAUUUUAGAAUAAGGCUGUAACGUAACAAAAUGUGGAAAAAGUAAAGGGGUCUGAAUACUUUCCGAAUGCACUGUGUGUGUGUGUGUGUAUGUAUGUAUAUACAGUUGAAGUCGGAAGUUUACAUACACUUAGGUUAGAGUCAUUAAAACUCGUUUUUCAACCACUCCACAAAUUUCUUGUUAAGAAAUUAGAGUUUUGGCAAGUCGGUUAGGACAUCUACUUUGUUCAUGACACAAGUAAUUUUUCCAACAAUUGUUUACAGACAGAUUAUUUCACUUAUAAUUCACUGUAUCACAAUUCCAGUGGGUCAGAAGUUUACAUACACUAAGUUGACUGUAACUUUAAACAGCUUGGACAUUUUCAAAAAAUUAUGUCAUGCUUUAGAAGCUUCUAAUAGGCUAAUUGACAUCAUUUGAGUUAACUGGAGGUGUACCUGUGGAUGUAUUUCAAGGCCUACCUUCAAACUCAGUGCCUCUUUGCUUGACAUCAUGGGAAAAUCAAAAUAAAUCAGCCAAGACCUCAGAAAAAAUCUGUAGACCUCCACAAGUCUGGUUCAUCCUUGGGAGCAAUUUCCAAACGCCUGAAGGUACCACGUUCAUCUGUACAAACAGUAGUACGCAAGUAUAAACACCAUGGGACCACGCAGCCGUCAUACCGCUCAGGAAGGAGACGUGUUCUUUCUCCUAGAGAAUAACGUACUUUGGUGUGGAAAGUGCAAAUCAAUCCCAGAACAACAGCAAAGGACCUUGUGAAGAUGCUGGAGGAAACGGGUACAAAAGUAUCUACAGUGGGGAAAAAAAGUUUUUAGGCAGCCACCAAUUGUGCAAGUUCUCCCACUUAAAAAGAUGAGAGAGGCCUGUAAUUUUCAUCAUAGGUACACGUCAACUAUGACAGACAAAUUGAGGAGAAAAAAUCCAGAAAAUCACAUUGUAGGAUUUUUAAUGAAUUUUUUUGCAAAUUAUGGUGGAAAAUAAGUAUUUGGUCACCUACAAACAAGCAAUAUUUCUGGCUCUCACAGACCUGUAACUUCUUCUUUAAGAGGCUCCUCUGUCCUCCACUUGUUACCUGUAUUAAUGGCACCUAUUUGAACUUGUUAUCAGUAUAAAAGACACCUGUACACAACCUCAAACAGUCACACUCCAAACUCCACUAUGGCCAAGACCAAAGAGCUGUCAAAGGACACCAGAAACAAAAUUGUAGACCUGCACCAGGCUGGGAAGACUGAAUCUGCAAUAGGUAAGCAGCUUGGUUUGAAGAAAUCAACUGUGGGAGCAAUUAUUAGGAAAUGGAAGACAUACAAGACCAUUGAUAAUCUCCCUCGAUCUGGGGCUCCACGCAAGGUCUCACCCCGUGGGGUCAAAAUGAUCACAAGAACGGUGAGCAAAAAUCCCAGAACCACACGGGGGGACCUAGUGAAUGACCUGCAGAGAGCUGGGACCAAAGUAACAAAGCCUACCAUCAGUAACACACUACGCCGCCAGGGACUCAAAUCCUGCAGUGCCAGACAUGUCCCCCUGCUUAAGCCAGUACAUGUCCAGGCCCGUCUGAAAAACAGCCCCAAAGCAUGAUGUUUCCACCCCCAUGCUUCACAGUAGGUAUGGUGUUCUUUGGAUGCAACACAGCAUUCUUUGUCCUCCAAACACGACGAGUUGAGUUUUUACCAAAAAGUUAUAUUUUGGUUUCAUCUGACCAUAUGACAUUCUCCCAAUCCUCUUCUGGAUCAUCCAAAUGCACUCUAGCAAACUUCAGACGGGCCUGGACAUGUACUGGCUUAAGCAGGGGGACACGUCUGGCACUGCAGGAUUUGAGUCCCUGGCGGCGUAGUGUGUUACUGAUGGUAGGCUUUGUUACUUUGGUCCCAGCUCUCUGCAGGUAAUUCACUAGGUCCCCCCGUGUGGUUCUGGGAUUUUUGCUCACCGUUCUUGUGAUCAUUUUGACCCCACGGGGUGAGAUCUUGCGUGGAGCCCCAGAUCGAGGGAGAUUAUCAGUGGUCUUGUAUGUCUUCCAUUUCAUAAUAAUUGCUCCCACAGUUGAUUUCUUCAAACCAAGCUGCUUACCUAUUGCAGAUUCAGUCUUCCCAGCCUGGUGCAGGUCUACAAUUUUGUUUCUGGUGUCCUUUGACAGCUCUUUGGUCUUGGCCAUAGUGGAGUUUGGAGUGUGACUGUUUGAGGUUGUGUACAGGUGUCUUUUAUACUGAUAACAAGUUCAAACAGGUGCCAUUAAUACAGGUAACGAGUGGAGGACAGAGGAGCCUCUUAAAGAAGAAGUUACAGGUCUGUGAGAGCCAGAAAUCUUGCUUGUUUGUAGGUGACCAAAUACUUAUUUUCCACCAUAAUUUGCAAAUAAAAUCAUUAAAAAUCCUACAAUGUGAUUUUCUGGAUUUUUUUUCCUCAAUUUGUCUGUCAUAGUUGACGUGUACCUAUGAUGAAAAUUACAGGCCUCUCUCAUCUUUUUAAGUGGGAGAACAUGCACAAUUGGUGGCUGACUAAAUACUUUUUUUCCCCACUGUAUAUCACAAAGUAUUGAGAAACUUUUGUUAUUGACCAAAUACUUAUUUUCCACCAUAAUUUGCAAAGAAAUUAAUUAAAAAUCCUACAAUGUGAUUUUCUGGAAAAAAAAUUCUCAUUUUGUCUGUCAUAGUUGACGUCUACCUAUGAUGAAAAUUACAGGCCUCUCUCAUCUUUUUAAGUGGGAGAACUUGCACAAUUGGUGGCUGACUAAAUACUUUUUUCCCCCACUGUAUAUCCACAGUAAAACGAGUCCUAUAUCGACAUAACUUGAAAGGCCUCUCAGCAAGGAAGAAGCCACUGCUCCAAAACCGCCAUAAAACAGCCAGACUACGGUUUGCAACUGCACAUGGGGACAAAGAUCGUACUUUUUGGAGAAAUGUCCUCUGGUCUGAUUAAACAAAAAUAGAACUGUUUGGCCAUAAUGACCAUCGUUAUGUUUGGAGGAAAAAAGGGGGUACCUUGCAAGCCGAAGAUCACCAUCCCAACUGUGAAGUACAGGGGUGGCAGCAUCAUGCUGUGGGGGUGCUUUGCUGCAGGAGGGACUGGUGCGCUUCACUAAAUAGAUGGCAUCAUGAGGAAGGAAAAUUAUGUGGAUAUGUUGAAGCAACAUCUCAAGAUAUCAGUUAGGAAGGUAAAGCUUGGUCGCAAAUGGGUCUUCCAAAUGGACAAUGACCCCAAGCAUACAUCCAAAGUUGACCCACUGGGAAUGUGAUGAAAUAAAUAAAAGCUGAAAUAAAUCAUUCUCUCUACUAUUAUUCUGACAUUUCACAUUCUUAAAAUAAAGUGGUGAUCCUAACUGACCUAAGACAGGGAAUUUUUACUAGGAUUAAAUGUCUGGAAUUGUGAAAAACUGAAUUUAAAUGUAUUUGGCUAAGGUGUAUGUACACUUCCGACUUCAACUGUGUGUGUGUGUAUAUAUAUAUAUAUAUAUAUAUAUAUGCCACUGCUCGACUAAAAAAUGAUCGGUCGACUAAAUGGGGGCAGCCCUAGUCUGUAGCCUACACCUCAAUUUCCCUGACACAGUUCCACACCUGUGAAAUGAACCCACUUUACCUUGCUCUCCUCCUACCCCUCCCUGAAUGUCAGAUGGUACAGACUGACUCCUGUCUCUCUGCCUCCUCAGGGUUAUACUACGUGGACUCGGAGGGGAACCGUGUGUGCGGGGACCUGUUUGCAGUGGGCUCUGGGUCCAUGUAUGCGUACGGUGUGGUGGACAGCGGGCUGAGACAGGAUCUGUCUGUGGAGGAGGCCUGUGAGCUUGGCCGCAGGGCUAUCUACCAGGCCACGUAUCGAGACGCCUACAGCGGAGGACAGGUCAACCUGUACCACGUCCACAGUGAGGGCUGGACCAGAGUGUCCCAGGAAGAUGUAUUGAAGCUGCACCACCAGUACCAAGAACAGAAGAAAUAG